AUGUUCUUCCGAACGGCUGCAAUCUGCGCCGUCGCAUGGGCAGUGGCUAUAAUUAUACUAAAAUCCAAUCAUGCUGAAAGCGCAUGUAGAAUGGCUUACAUGAAUCCCAAAUAUAUACCCCAUCCUUUCGUCGACUCAAAGUACGGAUUGUAUCUUUAUAGAGACAAGCAUUGGAACGUCGGUGAUAGUAUAACGCCAGAUGGUAUACCGGUGCUAUUCAUUCCCGGAAAUGCUGGCUCUUAUAAACAAGGUCGGUCGAUAGCAGCUGAGAUAUCCAAGCAAUACCAUAUCGACUACAAUCGACCCAAUCAUGAUCUCGCAUCUCAAAAUAUACCACUGCCUGAUCUAUGGACAGUCGAUUUCAAGGAAGAACUGUCAGCAUUCCAUGCUGGCUUGGUGCGGCGGCAGGCUGAGUAUUGUCGAAGUGCAGUGGACUACAUUCUGUCACAAUACGCAGGCCAAUCACAUCCACCAGAAUCAGUUAUCGUAAUAGCGCAUUCGAUGGGAGGAGUCGUUGCCAGGGAGAUGUUCCACUUGACUGAUUACAGACAAGGCUCGAUAGACCUCUUGUUGACACUAAGCUCGCCAAACGCCAUCCCACCAACUCCGUUUUCGAGAAGCAUGAGUAGCUUGUUUGGUAAUAACUUGAGCAAACACACGGAAAUUGCCAUCAGUGGAGGAUCAGCUGAUUCACUGUUACCAGCCGACGUUACGUACGCUCCCAUCUCCCAAAACUCAUUAAGCGUGCUAUCUACGACCAUACCAGGGGUCUGGGCGCCGAUAUCUCAUCAGGCGAUUGUGUGGUGUGAUCAGCUGAGAAGGAAAAUAGCAAGAGGUGUGUUACUUUCCGUCGACAGUAGCAAAUCUUCGAAAUUGAAAAGCAGGGAGAGCCUUAUGGAGGUCUGGAAAGGCUUGCUCGUUGGGAUUUCUAACAUACCUGAUACCGUUGGCUUGUUUGAUGUCGAUCUCAAUGCUACAGUGGCAUAUGGUGCAUAUACAACCGCAGACAUCGGCUCUGAUAGGACAGCUUGGUCGCUAGGUAGGCCACCGCCACACUCGGUGACCGGAGAUAAGGCGCCAAUCGUGAGGCUUGUCACUAGCCUCACCCCUGAGCCCCCAUACAAAGACUUUGGUCAGUACGAAUCACCCAUCCAAGUGCUGGCUUGUCAGGAAAUCAAACCACUUAAACGAUGCAGGCAUCUGCCAAUAAGAGAUUCCGUAACUCUGCCAUAUUUACACAGAGACACGCAAUGGUUGCCUGUCCGACAUGGCGCCGACGAAGACCACACUAUGUAUCUGUUAGACGCAGACACAGAUACUCUGGAUGACAACGAGAGCGUGGUACUGUUUAGAAAUGGAAAAGACGGAAAGAGGCACUGGAUUACCUCCCAGUUCGCACCCGCUGACGAAGAGAUCGUUAUUGGUGGAUCACUUACACGCAUGUUAUUCUCAUCAGUUCCUCUUCUCGAGCAAAAUCAUGGGAUAAUGGCAUUAAGAAGGAGAUAUAAAUUAAUUAAUGCACCGUCUACUUCGCUAGUAGUGUACAGAAUCGAUGCUAAGCAGUCGACGUGUGUGUCGACGCAAUUCAACAACAAAGAGCUAUUUCAACCGCUGCUUAGACACGUUGUUGGAUCUUUAAAAGGAAUCGAAGAGACUUACCAUCCAGACCUCAAUGGAAGAAUUGCAAUUGAGUCACAUCUUUCACAAUCACCCUACCUAAUCGCUGACGCGAAAUCGAACAAGACUGAGCUCAUCUUUGAGGUUUUUGCGGACACUUCCAGUACCGAAUCAUGCUAUCCAUUACAGGAACUCUCGGUCAGUGUGGAUAUUCUAGCUAGUAUUUCCAAGUGGGGUACCCGCUAUCGAUCGGCAUUAGUGGGAUUUGCGUUGGGGAUUUGGUGUGUCGCAUUUAGACGGCAAUUACAAUCACUGGAUUUGACGGGUGCAUCAAUCACCCUUCUCGAAUCAUUAACGGUAGCAUUUCCACGUGAGAUUUUAGCAUUCUGCUUCAUAAUGGUAGGAAGUGUAUUGGCUAGCUCAUUAUACGCAAAAUUCAGCUUAUAUUUCGUUGGAUUACAUGACCCCAAGCUGUGUUUCGUCGGCCCUAUCCUUCUCUUAGCAUCAUAUGGUUUAAUCAGUGGAGUCACUGUGGCAAUUACAGGAUUCAGCGCAAUUCUCUCUUUCACUAGACUACACAUACCCAAAUUUAAGAUAAGUCGGAAAAGAGAACUGGGUAAUGCUGAGUCUCAUUGGAAUAUACACGCUAUUAACCGAUAA